AUGGCUUUGACCAUGGGGGAAAGAGCCGUUCCGACUCGCACUCACAUGAAAGGAGAGGCGGCCAGAGGAGCAGCUAUUACACUCAACCUCACAACACAUCCGAACGAGCGCCGGCAGAACGCUUGCCACAGCAACUACGCUCAGACAUUGGUUGAUCCAGCUGUGCAGGCUCCACUCGCUGCUGGCCCCGAUCAGACACAGCUCGCGCGUAACGACCCCAACAAUUUGCGAGGGAGCUUUUUCAAAAAGCCAGUGAUCCCCGACGCCGCAGCCUUGCGUGAGCUCGUAGCUGCCCCACGGGAGUAUGUCACACGAGAGUCUCGGAAAACGAGCGAGGUUCCCAACUAUGGGAAAUGGUCAACAGAAGAAUACGACACACUCGACAGUCUUGACCGCCGGGGGCUGUCUGUUGCUCAGAUUUCGGAGAUGGAUCGAUCAGAGAGCAGCAUUGUGCGCGCUCGCUCUAGGCGCCGCUCUUUGAUCUCGGACGAUGCUGACUUUGAACUGUAUGUUGCUGUGGAUGAGCUUUUAAAGAAGAGAUGGUCUUUUGGAGAUAUUGCAACCCAUCUCCAGCGGCCGGAAAUGGUUCUGCGCCAGAUCCAUGCUGCUGGCGCCGAAGCACUAGGCGCCAGUCGCUAUUCCAAAAACAAGAAGCAAUCAGAAUGGGGUGGUCUCCACAAACGAUUCCCCGUGGAUAAACGCAAGGCUCUGAAACAGAGAUUCCUCGAGAUGAAGAAACGAGAGGAAGCGUCUUCGAUGUUGGGCAAUCAAAGUUCUGAUCAACGCCAACCACAGGACCUUGACGAGAACCAGGAGCAGGAGGACAGUGUCGCUGCCACCGGUGCGCUGUUCCGCAGUCUGACUACAACCAGCGAAAUGCCAUCGCAAAGGAGCCUCUACGAGCAGGAACAGAGUCUGCGCGCUUCAUUUGAUGGAACUCCACGCUCACUGCCACCAAAUCGACCCGCUACUCCUUGA